GCGGCGCCGGCGGGGAAGGCGGCGUGGCGGGACGGCGCCGUCACCUACUUCCACCUCCUCUUCUACAUCGCCAUCUCCGGCGGCCAGAUCUUCUUCAAUAAGUGGGUGUUAUCUUCAAAAGAGAUCAACUUCCCAUAUCCAGUGGCUCUAACUUUGCUGCAUAUGUUGUUCUCGUCGGUAGUAUGCUUUGCAGCUACGAAGAUUUUCAAGGUCAUAAAGAUCGAUGAGGGAAUGACUACAGACGUAUAUAUCAGUUCAGUCAUACCAAUUGGAGCAAUGUUUGCAAUGACACUUUGGCUAGGAAAUAGUGCAUAUCUCUACAUAUCUGUUGCAUUUGCACAGAUGUUGAAGGCAAUAAUGCCUGUAGCAGUUUUUCUCCUCGGAACAGCAUUUGGCCUUGAAGAAAUGAACUGUAAAAUGCUUGCUAUCAUGUCUGUCAUCAGCGUUGGAGUUAUUGUGGCUUCUGUUGGCGAAAUUACAAUUAGCUGGGUUGGAGUGGUGUACCAGAUGGGUGGAGUUGUAGCAGAAGCCCUUAGACUUAUCUUUAUUGAGAUAUUUCUGAAGAAAAAGGGUGUUAGACUGAACUUGAUAUCCAUGAUGUACUACGUGAGCCCUUGCAGUGCCUUUUGCCUCUUCAUUCCCUGGUUAUUCUUAGAGAAGCCAAAGAUGGAUGCAAGUGUUUCAUGGAACUUCCCGCCAGUUACAUUGUUCUUAAACUGCAUGUGCACUUUCGUACUUAAUCUGUCAGUCUUCCUUGUGAUUUCUCGGACCAGUGCACUGACAGCUCGUGUUACUGGAGUUGUGAGGGAUUGGAGUGUGGUGCUGCUUUCAGCUGCUAUCUUUGCUGAUACAAAGCUUACCUUCAUAAACAUAGUUGGCUAUGCUAUAGCCAUAGUAGGUGUUGUCGCAUAUAACAACCAUAAGCUCGGAGUUAAGCCCCAAACAAACCAGCAGCAGAGUGCCGACAACAAAGUGAACCAAGGAAGCCAUCAACACGUUGAUAUGCCAUUGAACUCUACAAAAGAAUCUUCAUAACACUGAAAGUAGUGAGAUCUUCAACAUAUUUUUGUGGAAGAAGUGAGCUCUCAGCUUUGCUAUGAGUUGGCCAGCUCUCCACGGAUACAUUCUUUUCUUCCUACCAAAUGACAGGAAGACUGGAAAUUUUGUAUAAUGAUGGGGAAGAAGAUACGUCAUACAUAUAUACAUUUACGCUAGCAUAUACUGAUUUGUACGACAGCCCAGAACAGGGGGAUCACAUCAUAAAGGUCAAUUAGGUUGUGUAGAUGUGUUUAUUGUCUUUGAAAUGUUGUAGAAACAUGGACCGUGUGUAUGAAACACUUGCCCCAAACAUGGGAAUCACAUCAUAAAGAUCAACAGA